CUAAAAAGGAUCUUUAGCUCUAAGGGAUGGAGCACGCCAACGCUAGCCCCGCGAAGCGCAAGCGAGGAGAAGGCGACAGUAAGCAGGCUCUACUUUACUGGCUUUACGGCAGCAGCUGCGCGGCUUGCAAAGCUGCGAGGUAUUCUGCAAACGUCGAAGCUCUGGCGUCCGUCAAGAAAGCUCACCUUGACGGUCACCACGGAUGGGCUCUCGGUGCAUCGGGCGACACAGUAGGGGAUACUGCUGCAUCACCGGCAGAUAUGGGAUGUGCGACGUCUGCCACAUCACCAACGAGGGUGCCUGCCGGUGACCCGUCUACUCCUCCUCUCCGGGCUCCAGUUCCCUUGUUGUCCCUAACGGAAGAAGCAUGCAAGCUUCUUCGUGCAAGCCCCUGUUCUGCAGACCGGGAUGUUUUCAUCUUCCAGCAGCCGCUGAUCCGAGUGAUCACCCACAAGAUGCCUGCCAAUGACAAGUUUGAUUUCGAGCAGCAGAUCAAACCGUGGAUGAAGCGAGCAGUCACAAGGAUGAUUCAGCCCGUGCGGCUGAGCAAGGAUGCGUACCAAGCGGAGCCCUGUGGUGACGAGUACGGGGAAUUGCAAGACAGGACCCAUAUGUCUGCUGUUUUCACGGGGAUCAGAUCCAUCAUGCCAACGAGUGAACAAAUUGCUGCCCGAGAGUCUUCCACGAAGUAUAUGGAAGAGGUAAGGAAGGCGGACGGGAGCUUCGAAUACGUCGAGAAAGGUGUGACACCUCCGCCUCAGGAUAGCAAUGCAGCACACGAAUCGUCCUCCGAAAAACAGAAUCUGAGAUGGGUCAUGGACAUCCUGAUGUUUGCAUUGGUGGGCGGAGCAUGGUGCGUUGAUGGUGUUGCAACCUGGGUUCCUCGCGUCAUUGCUGAAUGUAAAUGGAGUCUCAAGCCAGAGGAUGUAUAUCAAGUUGCUUUGGGGGGUGCAAGGCUCUUUGUGGAUAGGUUGCAGAAGAGGCUGCCGAUUGACCGCUUGUACUUGAAGGUGUGGUCUGCAAAAAAAUAUCGGUACUCUAUUUUGGAUGUGUUUGGCUACGUGAGGUUGAAAAAUGGAAGAGUUACUCCAGAGUCAUUCAGUAUAUUUGAAAAGCAGGUUUCCGAGCUGCGAAGACGGUGUGGAGAUUCUUUUCAAGAAGAGGCAUUCAAGGAUGCCUCCACAUCUGUUCAAGACAUGGAACGGUUGUUCCAGGAGCGUGAGAUGGAGUUUCAAGCACGCUUUUGUGGAAUCAGAUUACCCACUGAAAUUGUCGCCCCUGUUGGAGUCCUUUACAUAAGUCAGGAUAGUCGCCCGUUUCCCACAGGAUCAGAAGUUGUUGAAGAAAAGGAUGCCUAUGUGUUUUAUCAAGGAAUGUUACGGGCGCUUGGCAGCAAUGCAAUUCUUGGCUGGGAAGAGGAACAAUUGGAGGCAAAUAUUAGAGAAAGGUUGGGCGAGAGCGUUAACAAGUAUCCCUUUGUCAACUGGCAUGAAAAUGAUGUAAAUCCUCCAAGUUUUGUAUAGCUUGUAGGUAACUCGGAGAUGAGGAUCAAAAAGGAGGAAAGCUCUGGAUCUGGCUGACUAUUAGCAUAAUGUAAAUGUUCCAACAUAGCGGCGCUGUUUUGGAUCACCUUGUUAGAUUUUAAUAAAAUGCGGAGUAAUAUUUUUAAAA